UCCCAGUUUUGUCCGUGCUGCCCGUGCCUCUAUUCCUCUCUAUUCAGACAACUUCAGAUAAAUAAUGAAUGAAUAAGAGUAUGAAAACAACACCAUACUGCUGAGUGACAAUAUACAGCGAUGCUUAGUAUUUUAUUUAUAGACAGUCAAAACCAGCCUAGUCAGCUUAUGUGUUUAGCCGCAGUCAGUCUACAAAGUCUAUUGUGGCUCUGGCCGAAAGCUUUGAUAUGAUAUUUCAGCUCUUUAAAAGGUGAUUUGAUGGCUGAGAACAAAAGCAACAUGAAGGGCAGGGUAACAGUGUACUCUGUGCCAGGCUGUCCACACUGCACACAGGCAAAAGCAGCUCUGAAGAAAUUAGGUCUACCUGUGUGUGAAGUGGAUAUAAACAAACACAGAGAACUGCAAACUAAAGUGAAAAGACUUGCAGGCUGCAGUUCUGUACCACAGAUUUUCUUCAAUAAUGUUUAUGUUGGAAACAAUGAGGACCUCCAGAACCUGGAUCCUCAGCAGCUGGAACAUCUGGUUCUCUUGGUACGAGAGGAACCAGUGCCCCCAGAUGCUCCACCUGUCCCUGAUGAAAAUGUCCCUGAUCCCGAGGGAGUACCUGAAAGAGCUUCUGACGUCUCUGAAGCAAUGAGGAAUCUGAUCCUGAAACUCUACUCUGAUCACCUCUCUGAAGAUGGCAAGGCGGUCGAUUACAAGGCCGUGCGUCGGAGCCCGUACUACGAGCAGUACUGUGAGCUAGCUGUACAACUUCAGCGUGCGGAACUGCUGUCCCUGAGUCACGAAGAAAAACUGGCCUUCUUCAUCAACAUCUAUAAUGCUCUCGUCAUCCAUGGAAAUCUGCGCCUUGGCUUUCCCAAAACCUUAUGGCAGAGGUACCGGUUCUUCAACUAUGUGAGCUACCUCAUUGGCGGUGAAGUGUUCACAUUGCAGGAUAUUGAAAAUGGAGUUCUGAGAGGGAAUCGAAGAGGCAUGGCACAAUUCUUAAAGCCAUUUUCAAAGAACGAUCCACGACUGCGGGUGGCGCUUCAUGAUGUGGAGCCUCUCAUUCAUUUUGCACUAAACUGUGGUGCAAAGGGCUGUCCUCCAAUUAGAACUUACACACCACAGGACAUCAAUAAUCAGUUGCGUGCUGCUGCGGAAGCGUUCUUGGAGAAUGAUGACAGCUUCACGAUCGACAGCAUGAGAAGAGAGGUGAAACUCAGCCUGAUCUUUAAAUGGUACAAGGUAGACUUUGGAGGUACAGAUGAGAAGCUGCUGAAUUGGGUGUUUGAUCAUAUGGGACCGUCACAGAAGAAGUUGAGCCUAAAAGCCCUACUAUCUGCAGGAAAUGUCAAAGUGAGCUAUUUGCCCUAUGACUGGUCUAUAAACAGCACAGACUGACCACAUUCUCACACACAUAAUCAUUCUAUCACAUUGUGGGCACUGUGUUUUAUUGAACACAUGCUGGAGGCAAUAGACAUUAUUCAAAACUGUAGCCUGUUAUGACCUAACUAUGCAUUUAGAUUCUUUCCCUUGUUCUUCCACCUCGUAAAGGGCAACAUGAAAAUGUAACCUAGUUUUUGCUACCUGUCGAUUUCUAAAUUGUAUUACAGUGGUUUGCACUGAUUAUUAUGCAAAUGCAUUUGUCUUAAAUGUUCUUCUGUAAAGAUGUCUUUAUAAAAGAAUAUAAUAUUAUUCAUGUAAAUCAUUAUAUUAUGUUUAGAGUUUAUAAACUCGUAGAAAGAUUUUGCACAGAUAUCGCUUGCAUAUUUCAUGAUUAUGCUUUACACAAAGGCACGUAUUUUAUGUGAGGGUAAGGGCUGGCCUGAAAAGGUUAUAUAUUGAUAUUUUUCAGCCUUUGCACCUUUCUUGAAUUAAUGAAUUUGCUCUAAAAGGACUAUUAGAGUGAAUCGUUAUUUUAACAAUUUUUUUACAUAUUUAAUUUUUGGCAAGAUUCUAAAGGAUUAAAUUAAAGAUGUCAUAUUUAAUUUUUGGCAAGAUUCUAAAGGAUUCAAUUAAAGAUGUCAUUACAUUAAAAUCAAAAUGCACGAUUUUUA